UGAGCUGUAGCAGCAGGUUUGACUCUUGUGGAAAGGAGGUGGUUGGUAUCAUGAUCCCAGAGGAGAUUCAGAGGCUCCUGGAAGAUGUUGAAGGCUACCUGGCAGAUGGACUGCAGAAUGAAAACUUGAGUGCUAAAGCAAGGGACCAGAGGGAUGCAAUUCUCUUUGGCUUCCAGCAAGUCAAAGCCAGGUACCACUUGGAUUUUCUGCCCCGAGGAGAGGAUCAGCAUGAUGCUGGCUUUGGACAGGACAGUUCUGAUGAAAAUCAGACCUGGAGUUUGGCACCUUCCAUGACAUCUGAUGCUUCAUUUCCAUCAGACUUCCAGGAUGAUGGACUGGAAGAGAUCACACCGAGGCGCGUUCAAGACACGCGGAACAUUUUGAAGCAAGGAUAUCUGGAGAAGAGGUCCCGAGAGCACAGCUUUUUUGGGUCAGAGUGGCAGAAGCGGUGGUGUGUCCUCAACAGAAGAACCUUUUACUACUACGCCAAUGAGAAAAGCAAGCAACCGAAAGGCAACUUCUCCAUUGAGCACUAUAGCGCCCGGCUGGCUUUUCAUCUGCGCAAAGACUCUCGGAAAAGAUGCUGUUUUGAGUUAAUCUGCCCCGGCAAACGCACCUAUGAGUUCACAGCCCCAAGCCCAGCAGAGGCUGAAGACUGGGUGGAUCAGAUCCAGUUCCUCCUGAAGGACCUGAGCUCCCUCACUAUUCCAUAUGAUGAGGAGGAUGAAGAAGAUCCCUACAAUGAUGUGGACAGUUCUGACUCUAUGAACACAACGUCCCACAAUACUACCCUGAAUCAGGAUGAACCAAACGUUGAGAUGGAAGAGGAUGACAUCUAUGAGGUUUUGCCAGAUGAAGAGCUGGAGCCCCCCUUCCCAGAGGACAGCGAGGAUGCUGGGAGCAGCCAGAGGAGUGGAGGUUUCCGGCGAGAUUAUACCAAUUACUACCAAGGCAUGUGGGACUGCAGCAGCGAACAUCCCGACGAGCUCUCCUUCCACCGCGGAGACCUCAUCUACAUCCUAAGCAAGGAGUACAACGCAUACGGCUGGUGGGUCGGAGAGCUCAACAGCAUGGUCGGGAUCGUCCCGAAGGAUUACCUGGUGGCUGCCUACGACCUGGAGGACCAAUGAGGACUGCAGCACCCCAGGUGCUUCUCUCUCUGACCAUGCUGAGAUACCACCACGAUUGUCCCCACCGCCAGCCUCCCCCCGCUACGGGAACGCGUUACGUGAAGAGACCCACGUCCCAUCACCCGGCCCCCACGGUGCCCCUGAGCCCUGCUCUGCCCCAGGGUACCCGCUGUGAUGCUCUUGGGACAUGGGGGGCAGGCGGGGGGGGUGGGCAGCCCACAAUAAAGCCAUUUUCC